CACCAUCGCUGCAGGUUUCUCGAAUGGUUACAUCGGACUGUGGCGUCUUACGACUAUCUCACCUCUGUUGCUCAAUGUACGGAUGAAUACAAAAUUUAUAAAUGUUUAUCAACAUUUCUUUGCUCAUUACAAUGCAAUUACUAUGAUAGCAUUUGUUCCGUAUGAUAAAAGUCGAUUCCUCGCUUCCGCGAGUGUAGAUAAAUCGUAUAAAUUUUGGGACUUGGAAGAAACGAGUGCACCGCAAAGUUACAUAAAAAAAGGCAUAGUAUCGAAUGGUGCAUGGAUGAUGAAUUGGCCAUGUGCAAUUCUUAGUUUCGACGAUGCACUUGG